AUGGAAGAGAUUGAGGGAUAUGAUAUCGUUGAAGGUCAGUGCCAGGACAUUGACCAUCGAGGACUAGUAUAUCCUGGGCUCGAAGAGGAUCGGAAACCAGUGAAUUUGGACUACUUGUUGUGCCCAAUUUGCAAAACGCCGUUUGUCAAGCCCCACGUUACCAAGUGUGGACAUACCUUUUGUGGUGAUUGUAUCAGGGAGGCGUUAGUAGCCACCAAAUACACUUGUCCCUUGGAUAAGACUCUGUUAUUAGCGGAGGAACACAGUGGGAAUUCCCUGAUUUUUUUUGAUAAGCCGGUGCAAGUGACCCCGGCACCGCUUGUUUUGAAGAUUCUCUCGGAUGACUUGGAGGUGUUAUGUAUCAAUUCCAAAAGAGGUUGUCAAUGGCGUGGAAUGAGAAGUGAUUUAAAAAACCAUGCAGUAAAUACCUGUGGGGAGACCAGAGUGUUACAUAAAGGAGUAUUGGUAAGAAAAAGCCUGUUUGAAGAAGGAAAGGUAAAGUUAACAGAGGAUAGUGAGCUUCCAGAAGAGGAAACGGAUGAUACAGUAUAUUGUCCUAAUAGUGAUCUAGGAUGUCGCUGGGUAUAUAAAAUUCUCCAGGAUGACAAUCAAAAACUUGACCAGGUCAUAUCGGAGCAUACAGCGUCACUUUGCAAAUUUGAAAAAAUUGGUCAACGAUUAAAACAGCAGGACGAGAAGUUGGAAAACUUGAGCCGUCAAAAUACUCAGAUACAAAACAAGUACCAAUGGAUAAUAAAUUCUAUUCCGUAUUUGCACGAGAAUAAAGAAUUUGUCAAUAAUGUUGACAGAUUGAAGUGUCUUGGUGAAAAUCCUGAUGGCUCAGAUCACCAACCACAGAAGUGUCAAUUGACAAGUGACGAAUCAUUAUACAUGAAACAGCUCCUAGUUGACAAUUACCAAUUGGGAGAGAAUAUUACCUAUUUAAUGGCAUCAGUAACUAAUCUACAAAUGCAGCUAAAUCACUUAGCUUUUUCUCACAAACAGCAGCUUUUGAAUAGUGAAAAGCAACGAAUGCAGACGUUUCAGCAUCGCUUGGGCAGUGAAAGAAGUAGUUCUUUGAAUAGCAGUGACACUGAUUUGGACAGCGAACACACCAGAGUGAAACUUUGA